GCAUAAUGUAUAGACAAAACAGAAGUUGGAUGUACCAAAAACAUCGCGAUAACUAUGGAAUACGCAGUGAAUUUUUGAAUGGUGUUGAAGAUUUUAUUAAAUUUGCACAAGAACAGAAGAAUUAUAUGGAUGGAGAUAAAAUCAGAUGUCCAUGUACAAAGUGUAAAAAUCUUCAAUUUAAAGAUGUCGACCAAGUUGUGUGGGAUUUGUACGAAAAAGGUUUCGUUGCCAAUUAUUAUAAUUGGACUUCUCAUGGCGAACCUUUCGAUCCAUCACUUUUACCGCAAACAGUGGGUUCAUCUCGUAACGUCCCUACCGAGAUGAGUGGAUGGGGAGACUAUGAUCAAAUGACGUGGGAUCAAAGAAUGGCAUAUGAUGUAUACGGUGCUUCAACGAUGCAGUUUAACCCACCACAGCCAUUUAACGAUCUUCCCGAAGCUUCGACCUCGUAUCAACCCGAUGCGGAUGAAGAUCAGACCUUUUAUCAGUCUGCUGCGGAUGAGUAUCCGAAUUCUCAUGUUCCUCAUAUUGAAGACUUAGCUGAAAGAUUUCAAGAUGUUUUAAAAGCUGCUGAUCAGCCUCUGUAUGCUGAUUGUGAGGGAUACUCUCAGCUAUCCGCCGUUACAGAGUUGAUGAACAUUAAAUCUGAAUACAAUCUUCCUGAAUCUUGCAUGUCUAGGUUAUUGCAGUCAUUUGGAGGAAUGUUACCGCGUGACCAUAAUCUUCCUGAUUCAUAUUACAAAAUGAAACAAUUAAUGUCUCAGUUGGGGCUUCCUUGUAUAGAAAUUGAUGCGUGCCCAGAAGGAUGUAUGUUGUUCUGGAAGGAUGAUGUGGCACUUGAGACCUGCAAGUUCUGUGGUGGAGAGAGAUACAAGCCUGUUCCUCAUAGACGAAAAAAACCACGAAAAAGGUCUGCAUUGUCUAAAUUGUUUUACCUCCCUCUAGCUCCACGCCUGCAGAGGAUGUAUGCUUCAAAUGCUACUGCGAAACACAUGACGUGGCAUGUUGAGCACGAAACCAAAGAGGGUUUGAUGUCUCACCCUUCCGACUGUGAAGCUUGGAGACACUUUGACCGUUGUCAUCCUCAGUUUGCAAUGGAGCCACGGAAUGUGCGACUGGGAUUGUGUUCAGACGGAUUUGCUGCUUUUGGAAAGUUUGGGAAGAAAUUUUCAUGUUGGCCAGUCAUGUUAACUCCUUAUAAUCUUCCUCCCGACAUGUGCAUGAAAAGUCAUUUCAUCUUUUUAACUUUAAUUUGUCCAGGUCCCUCGGAUCCUAAAAAAAGGAUAGACAUCUAUCUCCAACCCCUGAUCGAGGAGAUGAAAGAACUUUGGGCCAUUGGGACACCAACUUAUGAUGUUUCGAGAGAUCAGAUGUUUAUCAUGAAAGCUGCCAUCAUUUGGACCAUUAGCGACUUCCCUGCUUAUGGUAUGCUUUCAGGAUGGAGCACACACGGUCUUAUGGGAUGUCCGAUAUGUAUGGAUCAAUCAGAGGCCAAUUGGCUCAAAUUUAGCGGGAAACCAAGUUACUUUGAUUGUCACCGCAAGUUUCUGCCUAUGAACCAUCGAUAUCGAAAGGACAAGAAGUCUUUUAUUGCCGGAAGAGUGGUACGAGAUCCCCCUCCUCCGAGACUUACAGGUGAACAAGUUUUUAACCGGGUUCGACGUUUUCCUACGGCCGUGCAGCAACCCCACGGGGAGCCAAAUGGGUAUUGUGAUACCCAUAAGUGGACAAAGAGGAGUAUAUUUUGGGAGUUGCCGUAUUGGAAGGACCUUCUCAUUCGUAACAAUUUAGAUGUCAUGCACGUUGAGAAGAACGUCUUUGACAAUAUAUUUAACACGGUUAUGGAUUUUACCCACAAAACCAAAGAUGGUCUUGCAUCUAGAAAAGACAUGACAAUUUGGUGCGACAGACCCGAACUCGCCGUCGAUCUAGAAUACGUGGGUAAAAAAAUUCCAAGAGCAGUCUACCAACUCACAGCCCACCAAAGGGAAUCAAUAUUAGAGUGGCUUGUUUCUCUGAACUUUCCAGAUGGCUAUUGUUCUAACUUGUCAAGAUGCGUGGACCUGGACAAACAAACAAUGACGUCGAGCAUGAAAACUCAUGAUGCUCAUGUAAUCAUGCAACGACUUCUGCCGAUUGCACUGAAAGAGAUGCUUCCUGCAGACGUCUGGGGCUGUAUUACCGAAAUCAGUCAAUUGUUUCAGUCGAUAUGUUCCGCCGUUUUGGAUGCCGAAUCCCUGAGGAGACUAGAAGACACUGUUCCUAUUCUGAUGUGUAAUCUGGAAAAGAUACUGCCCCCAUCAUUUUUUGAUGUAAUGGAACAUCUUCUAAUACAUCUUCCGUAUGAGGCUUUGAAUGGAGGGCCCGUCUUCUAUCGUUGGAUGUACAGAUUUGAAAG